UCGCCGACGAGUCCCAACAACACGGCCUCGUCGCCCGGGGGGGCAUCGCCCAACUACUCGCCUUCCAGUCCCAACUAUUCGCCGACAUCGCCGCUAUAUGCAGCGCCCAGUCCGCGGUAUGCCUCCACCACGCCCAACUUUAAUCCGCAGUCGACGGGCUACUUGCCAUCGGCGUCUGGUUACUCACCCACAUCAAACUUCCCCUCGAGUCCGUCGUUUGCGGGCAGCGGCAGCAACAUGUACUCUCCGGGCAAUGCCUACUCGCCCAGUUCGACCAACUAUUCGCCGAAGUCCCCCUCAUACUCCCCGACAUCGCCCUCGUACUCCCCAUCGAGUCCCUCGUACUUGCCCACGUCUCCUUGCUAUUUGCCAACAUCGCCUUCGUAUUCGCCCACAUCGCCCAACUAUACGCCGGCGACACCCUCGUAUUCGCCCACAUCACUAAACUACUCGGCCUCACCCCACUACUCGCCGGCAUCGCCUGCCUACUCCCAGACAGGGGACAAGUACUCACCGACGUCUCCGGCCUAUUCGCCGCCAUCGCCCUCGUACGAUGGCUCUCCAGGAUCGCCCCAAUACACGCCCGGUUCGCCGCAAUAUUCACCGGCCUCCCCCAAGUACUCGCCCACAUCGCCCCUGUACUCGCUCAGUUCGCCGCAGCACUCGCCGUCGAACCACACCGAAUACUCGCUGACAUCGCCGACGUACACGCCCACGGCACGCAACUAUUCACCCACUUCUCCCAUGUACUCGCCGACGGCACCAUCGCACUAUAGUCCCACCAGUCCAGCGUACUCGCCCAGCAGUCCCACGUUCGAGGAGAGCGACGACUGA